AUGGCAGGCUACACUGUAGGCCAAAUUGUUUCAUUGCCCGACAAUCGACGUGCCAUUAUUCGCUUUAUCGGAAAGACACAUUUUGCUCCUGAGGAGUGGAUUGGAAUUGAACUUGAAGAGCCGACAGGAAAAAACGAUGGCGCUAUCCAGGGAGAGCGCUACUUCGACUGCGAGCAAAACUAUGGAAUGUUUAUCCGUCCCAAAGCAGUGACAGCGAUACUCGAGCAGCCAAAGAAGGACGAUUCGAAGCCGGGUCCCACGCCUGCCCAGCGGCCCGUCGACAUCAGAGGAAGAGCAUCCAGCACUACAGCAGCGGCCGGCAUUAAAGCAAGGAGAGCAAGCGUGGUAUCCAUGAAAAGGCAAAGCUCGAAUACCUCUAGUCCAUCACCCAUCCCUAAAUCAACAGUGCCUAGCCGGACUCUGAGGUCUCCUACGAAGUCGCCCGUAAAACAGUUAUCAGAAAGAUCUAUCACCGCUCCCCGAACGACCUCGGCAUCCAAACCCCCUUUACCCUCCGCCAAAACUAGAUCCUCCGUAUCAAAUCGUGCCUCAAUACCGCCUCUGACUCCUGCUACUACAACCGUAAAGAGUCAGCGACAGCCAGCAAUAACCACGCCCAACAGGAUAUCCAGGCUCGGACUUCAGCCACGGCCAGGACAAGCCACGACCAGAAGGGCAUCCCCGAAACUAGCGGGUGUUGCUUCAGAUAGCUCGGGAAGCCCUGCAAGUGAACUAAACGAUGCUUCUGUAAGAAUCAAUUCUUCAUAUCUUCAACCACAAGAUGGGUCUCCCCAUUCCACUGGCGUCUCGCGAGCGUCUCUGUCACCCACCGCUCCUCGGCAAGUAACACCCAAUAAUGGUUCGACCGUCAAAGAGUUAGAGGAUCUAAAAGCAAAGUACCAUCUCUUGGAAAAGAAACGAGCAGAGGAUAGGGAGAAAAUGAAAGGACUGGAAACAAUACAAGCUGAAAAGGAGAAGUACGAGGGGAUAAUACAGAAACUUCAAGCGAAAUACCAGCCCCAACAACAAGAAAUCGUGCACCUUCGCAAACAGCUCAAAGAGGCGGAGGCAAGAGUAGGAGAAAUCGAAAGACUUCAAGCUGAAAAUGAUUCUAUUCUGGAGAUGGCGACUUUGGAUCGAGAAAUGGCGGAAGAAGUUUCAGAAGCUGUCAAAGCCGAAUAUGAGGCAUUAAAAAUUAAAGCAGAGGAAUUAGAGCUAGAAAUAGAUAUUCUCAGGGAAGAAAACCAGGAGCUAGGUCAAGUUACUGGCCCGGAAGAACGGUCAAGCCAAGGAUGGUUACAGAUGGAAAGAACCAACGAGAGACUCAAAGAAGCCUUGAUCCGCCUUCGUGAUAUGACACAACAGCAAGAAGCAGACUUGAAAAGCCAAAUAAAAGAGCUCGAAGAAGACUUGGAAGGCUAUAAUACGCUGAAAGCCAAGUUUGAACGAACAAUGGAACAGCUUGUGACUACUGAAGCGAAUAUGGAAGAGCUAAAGCAACAAAUAGAAGCAUUAGGUGCCGAAGAGAUGAUAGAAGAGCUUUCGGAGAAAAACAUGCAUUACCAGGAACAGAUUGGUGAACUAAAAGCUACCAUAGAAGAUUUAGAGAGCCUAAAAGAGCUAAGCGAUGAGCUUGAAGCUACUCACCUGGAGACUGAAAAGCAACUUCAAGAAGAGAUUGAUUACAGGGAUGGCGUUUAUCUUGAACAAAGUCGCAAGCUCGCCCACCAAGAUGAGGUCAUUGAGGAUUUGGAGUAUACCUUAUCGAAAUUCAGAGAGUUGGUGACGAAUCUUCAAAGUGAUCUUGAGGACAUGCGAGCCUCUCAGCAAAUUUCAGAGACAGAAGCAAGCGACUUAUCUGUUCGCUCAAGAGCAAUGAUUGAUCUGAACUUGAAACUUCAAGCCUCUGCCGCGAAAGCCCAAGUCAAGGCCAUUGACAUUGAAUUGGGACGGAUGGAAGCUGAGGAAUCUGCUCAGCACUUAGCAAUUAUCAAGGAGUAUCUCCCGGCCUAUUUUGACACAGAGCGAAAUCCAGUUCUUGCUCUACUCAAUUUUAAACGGAUAUCCUACAAGGCUUUAAUAAUGGGUAACGCUGUACGAGAAAAGUUAGCCGAACCAUCAGCUUCGACAUCCUUGGAUCCAGAUAGCUUCUUAUCCUAUGACCUAAUAGAGAAACUCACUUGGAUAUCUUUUCUCUGUGAUAGGUUUGUGCGUUUUAUGCAUGGCUGUUCCAGUGAAGAAUUCACCACAUUCGAGGGUGCCCUUCAUGAGUUGGACCCCGUCGAACGAAUCCUGAAUUCUUCUAUUGAUAGUUUAAAAAAGGCUGAGUUAAAUGAAAAAAAAUGUACAGAUGAGCUGCAACGAUCAAUUUCACUUCUUUCCCAUCUUGCAGAGACUCUUAUCCCAGCAAACACGGCAUCUCAUGCAGAUGAUGUUUAUAUGCGAUGUGCCUUAGCACAAACAUAUAUGGACCAUACUGCUUCCUGUUUGUCCCACAUGAGUUCCAUAUUGCAGGUAAACUCUUUUAUCAAAGAGGAAAAUGAUGAAUGGCCGGUAUUAUUUCAAAAAAUAGAUUCACUGACGACUCAGACAAGAAGCCUGAAGGUUGCGACGGGGAAAAUUACCCGAUCUCUGGAUGAUUUGAGAUCAAGUUCUCUGUCUUUGUCGGAUACAUCUGCAGAGAUCUUCGAAAAGAUUGAACAGGUAGGCAAAAGAAUAUCGGAAAUCGCAAGACGAACAGGCGAAAGCACGCUGUUACUAAUCACCGAAGAAGGCCGUUUGGAGCCCGUUUCGUACCGUGAAGUCGUUAUUUCCAUGUCGAAAACAGUUUCAUCUAUUUACAAGUUAUCUGCGACUCAGGCUGAUGCCACUAACGCACUUGCCGUCCUUGAAAACGAGGUUCGAACCUUUGGGGCCUGCAUAGAAGAUGCUAGCUCUGUUUCUUCCGACCUUUCCCAGACUAUCGAGUUUGAACGUCAGCCAGCGCCAUGGACAUUCCGUUCCAAAGAGCUGAAGUCCAACCAAACAGUAUCAGCCGAUACUGAGGAGGAGGUUCGUCGACUAAAGACUGAACUUAGCAAAGCAUCAACUUCCCUUGGCCUCAAGGAUAGGACUUUCGAGGAGCAGUCUAUCAAAAUUGAACUCCUAGAAUCUCGAAUGCGCGAAGCUGGGAAGAAAGCUACAUUGGUUAAAGAGAUGGAGUCAAAGCUUGAAUUAUCCCACUCCAAGGAAUCAGAGUUACUGGAUAUCAUGGAUAGGCAGUCCAAAGAUAUACAAACAGUUGAAAAAGAGCGCGAUGAGUAUCGAAACAAAUUAGAAAAGUUAAAACGGGCUUCUGGUUCAGAUGGAAGCACAGCAGGUGCAGGUGGCAUUGUUCCUGGAAAUGCCAUAGCCUCCCUAGCAGUCAUGCGAGAAAAUGAUGCACUUCGCGAAGAAGUCGCAAAUCUUCAGGCUGCAGUGAGGUUUCUCCGUGAUGACAAUAGACGAGCUCAUCUUCUUGACCCAUACUCGGUGCAAAGGGCGAACCACUUAAAAUCCUGGCUUGAUGUACCUUUGCUUCGCUUGAAAGCUUCAUCUCAGGAAUCACACGCACAUCGCUUGGCAACUUCGGAGAGUCAAGAUGUGUUUACAUACCUCAUCAAGCUGAGCAAAGAAUCUAAAUUUGUUGAUUUGGAAUAUACGCUGCCGCCAGACGGCUUCAGUCGGUUUGCUUGGAGACCCCUCAAGACUACUUCCCGUUACGCUGCCAUCAAGCAACGGGAGCAUUACGAGCAAUGGAAUCAAUGGAAGGAUGAUGUUAUCUUUGAUGCCGCGAUACAAAGCCGAGGACAGAGUAAGAAGCCCAAUCCCAGUUUAGAGCGACGAGCGAGACGCGUUCCGUCCUUAGACCAAAUUCGAAUGCAACAAUCUUUAUCUAGUCACGGCUCCAAGGUUUCCUUGGCUUUUCAAGCGGUAUCAGAAACAGAACAAGCCGAAAGUUUGAAAAAUCCGCCAGCAUAUGGUCUAUCUGGAAGUGUUGAAAUUGCUGAAUCAUGA